AGAUACUCCCACAGAAGACAAGCGUAUUUCGGUUUCCUCGAUUGCCCCCAAUCCGUGGCUGCGCGUCCGCCGGUGGCCGGGGGUUCUAAUCCGAGCGAUUCCCAAUCCCAACCGCCGCUGGAAGACCCCGCAGCUCCACGACAGCGCGGGCAGACAUGGCGCCCGUACUACCUGCGCCGGCGGCGGCGGCGGCUCCUCCCACCUUCUGCCGCGUCUCUCUCCCGGCCCGCAGCGCCUUCCCCUCCUCCCCCGCCAAAAGCCUUCGCAGGUUUGCGGCCAGGAGCAGCGGCGGCGGCGGCCGUCCCGAGCCCAAAGCAGGUGAUGACGAGAGCAAGGCCGUCCUUGACGCCUUCUUCCUCGGGAAGGCCUUGGCGGAGGCGCUGACGGAGAGGGCCGAGUCGGUGGUGGGCGAGGUAUUCAGCGUCGUCGGGCAGUGGCAGGCGGAGCAGCAGAAGCAGGUCCAGGAAUUCCAGGAGGAAGUAGUUCAGAGAGCCCAAAAGGCUAAGGAAAGAGCUGCUGAGGAGGUCGUUGAUGAUAAGGGACCAAAGACUCUAAAGGGACCUUCAACAACAAUCGUGACGCCUGCACCUAUGUCUCCUCCUUCUCCUAAUAUUCCCACACAGGCAGAACAGUUAUAAGCGGCGAUGAAGAGUUAGUGCUGCAUGUAGACUCACUUUUGUGCUCCAAGAAAGUGAUGAAAUUCUCCUAUGAGAUAUGUAUUGAUCAAGUUGUCCUUUCUUUGAUAGUGAAUAUCCAGAAUAUCAACUAGAAAAAUCUAUGGUACAAGUUCCGAGAUGAGUGGAAUAAAAAUCUGUUAGUUUGCUACA